AUGGAAGAGGAUCAACGAUCAUGGGCUGAUAUAUGUCCAUAUCUCUUGGAAUCCAUCUACAACAGACUCUCGUCUCAUGUCGACGGUACUCACUUCGGCGACGUAUGCAAGAACUGGCACCAAGUUCACUCUCACAUCGCCCUUUCCAAUCCCCGACCUGUGUUGAUCAGCCAUGCAAAAUUGUCCAGCUCGGACAUCAUCCAAGUGCGGGAGGGUAAGCGACUUAUUCUCCAACGGCGUCGUGAAUCUCAAAUCCCAUAUGAGCUUGCAGCGCUACCCACGGCUCUCGACUCGGCAAUCCUCGUGGUGUAUGGCGACUCCUAUCUAUGCAUGUUUCGUCGUGAACACAAUGGUGAAUUUGAGCAAAAGACAUACGAUUUCUCAUUGAGUGGGAAAAAAGGACAAACAUGUCUUGGCGUGGGCUACAAAGACAAUAGAUUCUUCUGUUUAUUUAAAAUGGGGGAUAUGUUGAUUUUCGGCAUCGACGAGAAUGAGACCAAGAUGUUGCUGGCGGCAACUAAACCUAUGUUUCCCGAACAACUCCAACGGUGGGACUAUUUGUGUGUCAUGGCGAUGGUGGUGGCAAAAAAAGCCACAACUACAAAUGAUCGAUACCAUGAGGUAGAACAGGUGAUAUGGUUUAGGCUGGUCACUCAUUGGGAGCGGGAUUAUGAGGGGAGCUUCCGGCUAGUAGCAAUGGAGGAAAAUGUUAUGAUGGCCACCGAUCUGCUACUGGAGAAUAACGACGGUGAUGACAUAGAGGGCAACAGUAAAACAACAGGACUUAUUUUAGUGAAAGACCGGUUACCAUUGAAGAGGACUUUCGACAUAUAUUAUAUUCACAUACUGUUUGCUCUUUUUUCCAUACUUUUCAUGUAUUCUUUUUCUUGGAUUAUCUUUUUCCUAAGGAGUCGUUUGUGUUGA